ACGACCAAGAUUAUUGUCAUCACUGUUAACUUUAUAGUAGUUGAAUUUCAGUCAUCAAUCAAAGAGGAAGUGAACUACUUUCUUCAAUGGAAACGACGAAACGACGACGUAUUGGGCUUAUAUACGAUGAAAGAAUGUGUAAGCAUUCUGAUCCAAACGAUGAGUUCCAUCCCGAGAAACCAGAUCGUAUUCGUGCUAUAUGGAACAAACUUCACUCUACUGGAAUUACUCACAGAUGUGUUGUUAUGGAUGGAAAGGAAGCAGAAGAUAAAGAUAUAGCUUUGGUACAUUCAAAAAAUCACAUUGAUUUGAUUAGAAAUAUAAGUUCAGAGAAAAUUGGCUUAAGAAGAAAUGGAAUUGCUGCCAAGUUUAGCUCCAUAUAUUUCAAUGAAGGCUCCUCAGAAUCAGCUUAUCUUUCUGCUGGUUCUGUCAUAGAGGUUGCUGAGAAAGUUGCCGAAGGAGAACUAGACUCGGCCUUUGCUAUUGUCAGACCUCCUGGACAUCAUGCAGAAGAAAAUGAACCAAUGGGAUUUUGUUUGUACAACAAUGUUGCUAUAGCAACACGUUAUCUCUUGGAUGAAAGACCUGAUUUGGGGAUUAAGAAAAUUUUGAUUGUUGAUUGGGAUGUCCAUCAUGGAAAUGGCACUCAAAAGAUGUUCUGGAAGGACCCUCGAGUACUUUUCUUUUCUGUGCAUAGGCAUGAGUUUGGAAGUUUUUAUCCUGGUGGUGAAGGUGGGUCACAUGUCAUGACUGGUGAAGGGCCAGGAGCAGGAUAUAAUAUAAACGUUCCUUGGGAGAAUGGCGGAUGUGGUGAUGCAGACUACCUUGCGGUGUGGGAUCAUAUCUUGAUUCCUGUUGCCAAAGAAUUUGAUCCCGACAUCAUCCUGAUCUCUGCAGGAUUUGAUGCAGCUAUUGGUGAUCCUCUUGGUGGAUGUCGUGUUAGUCCAUACGGGUAUUCGGUAAUGUUGCACAAGUUGUUGGAGUUUGCCGGAGGCAAGAUUGUAAUGGCACUUGAAGGCGGAUAUAAUCUGGAGUCUAUAGCAAAUUCUGUCCAAGCUUGUAUUGAAGUGCUAUUACAGCAAAAACCGAUCGUUGGGUCUUCUGAGGCAUAUCCAUUUGAAUCCACAUGGCGAGUGAUACAUGCUGUACGUGAAGAGUUGAGUUCUUUCUGGCAAACACUUGCAGAGAGAUUACCGGAGAAAGUAACCAGCAUGAGAACUCCUUACAUUCAGGUUCUGUUUGAGACGAUGGCAAGUUGCUGCUGUGGUCGAGUAAAAGAUCCGUAAAGAUUGACUUGAUUAAUCAUAAGAGAAUGGAAGAAAGAACAUGGAGAAAGGGCGUCUGGACAGGAAACAGAGAGAAUGGAAGCGACUUUAGAGUUUUGUUGAACCGAAAACAUAGUGGCUUUUAGUUUCUUUAACUGAAAGCCCGAGGGGUUUCUAACUUUUAGUUAACUAAACAUUUUUUAUUUUUUUUUAAUUUAUAAUGGCAAAAAUCUGAGGAAAAAGAUAAAUGAGUUUCCUGCA